AUGGCAACCAUAUUAAGAACGCGCAACAACCGCGGCAACUACAGCUACGCAAUCAUGGCAACACAGCUACAACUGCGCUGCAACUGCAGCACCGACAGCUACAACCGCGGCAACGACAGUUACAACUGCGCACCGACAGCUACAACUGGGCGCAAUCAGCUACAACUGCCGGGCACCGACAGCUACAACCGCGGCACCGGACAGCUGCAAUGGCGGCAACUACAGCUGGCAGAACCGCCAACAACAACUGCAACCCCAGCCCCAACAACAACAACAACUACAACUGCGGCAACAACAACUACAACCCCAGCCACAACAAUAACUACAACUGCUGCACCAACAGCUACAACAGCGGCACCAACAGUUACAACUGCGGUACCAACAGCUACAACUGCGGCACCAACAGCUACAUCUGCGGCACCAACAGCUACAACUGCGGCACCAACAGCUACAACUGCGGCACCAACAGCUACAACUACGGCACCAACAGCUACAACUGCGGUACCAACAGCUACAACUGCAGCAACAACAACUACAACUGUGGCUCCUCAACCUACUUACACUGUCUCAGUGGGCUUGACUGAUGAGCCAUUUACUGACGAGCUCAAAAACCCAGAAAGCAGUCAAUACAAAGAUCUUGAACAAAAACUCGUAGGGCCGUGCAACACAAUAUACAAGAACAAAUUUGGUAAUAAGUUCGACAAGUGCAGUGUGAAAGAGUUCAGGCAACCACUAACUAGAGCAAAUGGAGUUGUUGCAGAUUUGAACAUUGCGUUCAGUACGAAUUCUACCACUUCAGAACUCCCAGAGAAUGGUGCUGUUGCUGAAACCUUAGUAUCAGCUGUAAAUAAUUCCAACAGCCCCUUCAACGUGACGAUAGAUUCCAGCACAAUCACUCUAAUUGCUGCACAAACUACCACUGCACCAACUACAGCUGCACCUACUACCGCUGCACCUACAACCGCUGCACCUACAACCGCUGCACCAACUACUGCAGCACCAACUACCCCUGCACCUACAACAGCUGCACCUACUACCGCUGCACCUACUACCGCUGCACCAACUACCGCAGCACCUACUACCGCUGCACCUACUACCGCUGCACCUACAACAGCUGCACCAACUACCGCUGCACCAACUACCGCAGCACCAACUACCGCUGCACCUACUACCGCUGCACCUACAACAGCUGCACCAACUACCGCUGCACCAACUACCGCUGCACCUACAACCGCUGCACCUACUACCGCAGCACCAACUACCGCUGCACCUACAACCGCUGCACCUACAACAGCUGCACCAACUACCGCUGCACCAACCCCUACAACAAAUACAACACCAACCCCUACAACAACUACAACACCAACCCCUACAACAUGCAACACAAUAUACAAGAACAAAUUUGGUAAUAAGUUCGACAAGUGCAGUGUGAAAGAGUUCAGAAAUGGAUCAAUCUUCAAUACUUUGGUUCUCGUCUUCAGCGGUGCUGUUCCUAACAACACUGCGAUUGCAGACGUUUUGCUAAAUGCAGCUUCAUCAGUCACCAGCUUCAACAUUGAAGCCAGCUCCAUCACCGUGGAUGGCAUAGCUUCAUCAGUCAACGGCUUCGACAUUGAAGGCAGCUCCAUCACCGUGGAUGGCAUAGUCAGCUGUCUUUCAGUGACGCGCAUAACGCAAGCUUUCGCUCACCUAGUUUAUUUCACAUCGGUUUCAUCUCGAUGUCGGAUCCUGACAAUGAUGAUUCCCCAAGAGGUUCGGACCCAGCAUCCAAGAGAUCGUUCAAUCCUACGGAUCGUCGUGGCAGGAGCCUUCGCCGAGCGAACCCGACGAGUCUCCCACGGGGAGGCCGAUUCCUCAUCGCUCAGCUUCAACAUCGCGGCAUCAUGCCAGUUUCAGGCCGGCCUCCUUCUCGGCUCCGUAACCCAGCGGUUCAAGUAA